ACAACAGGCCCCGAGGCCACCCCAGCAGCAGCAGAGGGGCAGACAGCAGGCUCGUGUUUAUGCCGUUGACCAAGCCGAGGCGGAUCAACACCCAGGUACUAUGUCUGGGAUGAUUAUGCUAAAUGAUAUUUCUGUUUUCGUCUUAUUUGAUACUGGAGCAACCCACUUUUUUAUAUCGCGACGAUGUCUUGACGCCAUUGGAGUACAUUCUAUUACCACUGUCGAUCCUCUCGAGGUGAGUUUAGCCUCGGGACGAAAGAUAGUGACUGAUGCUAAAGCUACUGAUCUCAGCCUUUCUAUCGGUGGUCGUAUCUUGCCUACCGACGCUUAUGUUCUCGAGAUGAGGGACUUUGACCUCAUUCUCGGUAUGGAUUGGCUAACGUAUUUUCAUGCAGAUAUUCGAUGCCAUGAUCGUGAGAUUACUCUUUAUCUUCCGGGAGAUGAUCAUAUUACUUUCUUUGGCACUAAGACUCGUUCUUUACCUCAU